AUGGUUACUACAUUUUAUGGUGAUAAGCUUCGUUUCACUGGUAAAGACAGAGCCGGCAUUGUUGUGGGGGCAUCCAGUGGGGUGCAUCAGAGCCGAACUGCAUCUCUCUUGUGCGGCUUCGGCUUGGCUGCUGGCUUGCAAACAGUGCCACCAGCAUUCAGAUGGCAUGUGCAUUUACGUUUCAUAUGCAUUCUACUCUCUCUUUAA